AAUGUUCAGCAAUUUAUCAUUUACUGAAUCUGGAAUGAAUAAUGCUCUUUCUCUUCUAUUGAAUCUUGAACAAUACGAAUACAUGCCUGGACCUGAUAAUGAUGCUGGUGUUAAAAUAUUCUUACACGAUGAUUAUAAAAGACCCCUUAUGUCUGAUUUAGGAUUUGCAGUAGCUGCUGGAAUGAAUACAUUAGUUGGAAUAAAAGCGCAACUUUAA